AGUGAGUAGAUGACGAUUCUGCCAAAGCCUGCUCGUCCAUGGGCACUCAUAGAAUACAUGGACCUGUGUUUCGCACUCAUCACAGAAAGGGCAGGCGUCACUUUGCAUUGGAUUCCACUUACUCACCUUCUCUCUUAGUUAAACAAUCUAAGUUUGGUUACUAGUUUUUACCUUCUGUUAGUCUUCGUUAAUGGUGCAAGCUUUUUGCUGACAUGACUAACAAAAGUGCCUAACAAAUCAAUUUUAAGAUGAAAAACCAAAUCUCGACCCGCCACAUAAAAUGCCCUUACUCAACCCAACUCGUGGCCCUUCUUCCCCAACCCCUUCUCUCUUGCACCACUUCCACUGCUGGCUGUAAUGAUCCCCUCAAGCUCGGCGUCUUGGAGCUUUCUCUCAAGCUCUCAACUUCCUAAACUUCCCAACUCAGCCGACGAAUCAGCCAUUUGCUUUGUAUCAUUCGAUGCUUAUACGAUUCCCACUUGGAUCUCACCGAAGAAACCCUCGCUCUGGUGUGGUGCUAGAAAUCGAAGCCAUGUCCAUUGUCGAGAUGCUUUACAACUCGCAGUUCAUCAUGCCUUGGUGCAAUAUGUGGCCAGAUUUUGGUGGGGUGUGGUCGCGAAUUCGAUGGAUGUCCAGGCGCAGUAUGUGCAAGAGUAAGCAUGAUGGGGGUAUGGGAUUUCGUCGAUUCAAGCACUUUAAUCAGGCCCUUUUGGCUAAAAUUGGCUGGCGUAUCCUUAUUGAACCUCAGUCCCACUUAGCACAGGUCUACAAAGGGAAGUACUUUCCUAAUACCACAUUCCUCAAUGUUACAGCUCGUUCCCACCCAUUUUGGGGGUGAUAGAGUAUCCUCUACGACCAACAAUUAUUAGAAAUGGGGUUACGCUGGCAAAUUGGUAAUGGUCGGACGACGUCUCUGAUCCAUUCUAAUUGGAUACCUCUGGUGCACCCCUUUCCCUUAAUUUAUGACCCCCUGGUGCUCUCUCAAGAUGGGGGACCGAUGGCGGUUGAAAUUAUCUGUCCUAGGGAGGGGCAUUGGUGUGACGCGAAACUUAGUCAGUGGUUUGACCCGCCAACCUGUCGAGCCAUAAAAACUAUUCAUCUUCCUCGUCAAAAUGUUGUCGAUAAGCUGAUCUGGCAUGAUACUGCUUAUGGGGGUGUUCACUGUUAAAUCUACCUACCAUUUUGCCAUCUUACUCUAUAAACGGAGGGGUAACUGGCGGUCCAUGGCAAGUUGGAUGGAUAGGGCUAGCUGGAUUCGGUUUCAAGAUGCCAUUAUUCCUCCCAAAUUGAAAGUGUUUGUCUGGCAAAUUUUUAACCGCAUCAUUCCAACUACUGAAGCCCUAAUCGAGAAGAAUGUUUCUGUGCUUCCCAGAUGCUCAGUCUGCUGGGCCGCUUCAGAAACAAUGGAGCGUUUAUUUCUGGAUUGCCCAGUGGCUCGUGUCCUUUGUGACCUUUCGGGUUUGGAAUAUCUUAGCCAAGGGUUGCCUCGUCAUACCUUCCCGCUUUUUCUGAAAAGGCUGCUGACUCUUAUAGAGCAACUUCCUUUGUUCAUGGCGGUCGUUGUUUUCCUGUGGAGGAUCUGGCGGUCCCGUAACUGGGUGGUCUUCGAGGGUAAACAGUUCGGGAUCCUGGCCUUGAUGCAGCAAUUUAGUCAGCAAUAUGAGGAGUGGGUCAGGUUGCCGGUAAACCGUGUUACCCGUCUUUCUUUCGUUCUACUACAUCCAUUAGGGCAUGAUGGGGCUAGUUCGAUGGUUUGUAUGUGGGAUGGGGCAACUAGGAGUGGGUUUCACUUGACAGGCGGGAUGGUUAUUAUGAGUCACGAUAAAGAAAUCCUAUUGGUUAAAGGGGUCAUGUUUCCUUUGAUUGAUGACCCCAUGGUGGUCGAGUUGCUUGGUCUCUGGGGGGCUAUUUUAUUCCGUUACGAGAAUGAAAUGACGCCCCCAACUCGACUCGAGACCAAGACUCCUUACAACUCGCACCAAUAGCGGCACUGAACGGCCGGAGAUUGAUUGAAAAGGCUUUAAGCCCGCCGUCCUGGCUUCCGGCAGCAGAUUAACUGCUAGCUCGGCCAGAGUGGGACCAUUUUGCAGCCAACGGUCCUCCCAAAAUAAGGCUUGCCUUCCACUGCUGACAUUCCACAUAGUAGCUGCAGGUAGAUGGUGGAUCACCCGGUUUACUCCUUUCCAUAAGUUCGACAUCCUCCCUGCUGAAAGGAGAGGUUAUCAAUAUGCUCGACUGAAAGGUGCAUGGCAUGUGGCUUCACAGACAUGCGAUUUGAAGGAGAUGCCAAGGUGGUCAUCGAUAAGAUCAUCCUUGUUGAUACCAGAGAUAACCGGGUGGGAGCUAUUCUUGAAGAGAUCUUGCAGUAUUUUGCUUCCCAUGUUGGGUUUAGUGUUCGGUUUAAAGGUCGGUGUAGUAAUAGGGUAACACACUUGGUGGCUAGAAAGUCCCUUUCUUUGCACCCGACUAUGAGUCAUUCUUUUGAUUAUCGGGUCUGGCUGUCUCCUCGGGAGUAACUAGCUUUUGUUUGAAUCAAUAUAUGGUUAUCUUUUGUCAACGAAAAAAACACGAACCUAGGUAUCCCCUUAGAUUUUAACUUGGGCCUAUAUUUCUACAUCACAAGGCUACUCAUUUCAUGGGACUCUCUCACCCAUACACAGCUCGUUCCGUCAGCCAUGUUUCAUCGUAAGUAAUUGCGAUGGCAUUCUCGGCUUCAUCAUAAGUGAUCGUUGUCGAGUUUUCAUUAGUCAUUUCAGGAGGGAACUUUUUCAUCUUUCAGGUACUUCAAUCAAGCUGUCGUCAUCCUAUCAUCCUCAAACUGCAGCCAGACUAAGGUUGUCAAUUGUUCACUGGAGCAAUACCUCCGCUAUUUCUCGCACCAAUAGCCUUAGUUGGUUAACCUUCCUUCCAUGGACAGAGUGCCGACAAAGAGGUGGAUCUGACACUCAUGGAACAUAAUGAAGUUUUACAAGAGCUGAAACUAAAUCUCCAGAAUGCCAAAGCGUGAAUGAAGCAGCAAGCCGAUGCGAACCGCUGAGAUGUGGGGUUUGUUGACUAGGAGUUCCUUGUUUUUAGUAAGACUAGUGACUUCAAGCAGCUCUCACUUCUCACCCGAUGGUUGUCUUAGACUUUUUGUAAAGGGCCCCAGUCUUCCGUGAUAGCUCGUGUGGAACCUUUUCUUUCUUACGUAACUGCGGCGAAACAUAAAAAAAAGAUUACUGUCACAUAACAUAAGGGCCGGAAGUACAGUAACUCGGCCAAAAUAUGACACCCGAAGGACCCGCCCGAGGUGCAUUUAGUUAUCUUACAUGAGACUCAGGAUCUUCCUCACUCCAUGGCAUCUUUCACUCAUCUAUUCGGUCUCUCAACCGCCCUUAGGUUGUGUCUUCCAAUUCGUACUCUAUUAAAGAUAAUGACAUAUUGUCGAGGUUAGAAUAUACUCGAACUUUGUGAGAGGUUAUGAAAUAUGCUCGACUGAAAGGAGAGGAAGAAAGUCACUCGACCGAUAGGGCUAUCCUCAUUUCUAAUCUUUUCAAACCCUCUCGGCUCUGAACAUGCGGCUACUCAAUCAGUGGAUGAUGAUGGAGCUUAGCUUAUUAGUUGAACUAGCACCGAACUCUAAACCUAUUUAGUUAUGUAUUGUAAUCUCUCUCUCUUUGCUUUCAUCCGAUUCACCAAGGAAUCUUUUGGUCGCUUUUGGAAGAUUGCUUACUACUAGGUUGGAACAGAUUUCAACUUGUGGAGGCACCAUUUGUUACUAUUGGACAAAUUUCUCCUUUAGGGGAGACUAUGUGUUCCUUCGCCUCCAUCCUUAUCGACAACACUCAGUUUUCCACCCAGUGUCUCGAAAGCUAGCAUGCCACUUCUACGGGCCCUACCUCGUCACUGAACGAAUUGGUCAAGCAAUCUAGAAGCUCAUAUACCUCAACUCGUGUGGAGGGUCAAUGAAGUUAAGGGGUGUCG